AGCUCUUGGCCAGAUGGCCUUCUGUUCAAGUACGACGUGCAGACAACUCCAUCAAAACAGCAACCCAUUGAUAAAUGCGACCUGUGGAAGCAAAUGAUGGCCUCGUUACAGCGCACAAAUGGGGUUAUCGGUGGUCGUUCGCUGCGAAUCGCUGACGACAGUGAACUGUUGAAUCCAUGUCGAACAGAAGAACCUCUGGGUGAGUGCGGUGGAAAGGACUGCAACCUCAAACUUGGCGAGAUUUGUAUAGCCGGUUCUGUGUGCGGUUGUCCAGUUGGAAUGCGCCGUGCCGCUUCCACGGACGUAUGUCGUGCCGUUGAAUCAUGGAACGUUCCACUUCUCGUGAUACGCAAGGAACACACAAAUCUCAUCUACAAUGACUCAUUCGCAAAUCCCAUGGAUUCCACGUAUAAGUCGUAUGUUCGGGAUUAUGAAACGUGGAAUGGUGGGAAUGCUAACCCCCACACGACUCUUCGCAAUGCCUUCGUCGCCGCUGACGUGAACGAGAUUGUCAAUCCACGGAUGAUGAAUGCCAGCUGGGAAAGUGGGCUUCUCUUCAACACCACAGUUCACUUCAGAAAAGGAGCUGUCCGAAUACCGUCAGAUGUCUACUAUGAACUAGUUCGAUACAUCAUUGAACGAAACGGUUAUGAAGUUGGUGACAGUGGACUGUAUCUGAACGAAUACCAACCGAAUCCCUACAAGCCCUGCUUCAAGAAUGACUGCCAUCCAAAGGGAAUCUGCUAUGACGUCAACGAUCGGACUUAUCGAUGCGAGUGUGGUGCCGGAUUCCGAGAACUCGAUCCUUUCGGAUCCUGGAAGAAAUGCGUCCCUGUCUACGGAUUCAACGAAUGCGAAAAGAAGGAGGACAACGAGUGCUCGGAGAAUGCUCGUUGCAUCGAUUUGAACAUUCUUUAUCAAUGCGAAUGCCUACCGUCGUAUUCGGACGCUGCUCCUCCAGGAGCCGUUCCAGGAUCCGUCUGCGUUCUUGACUACUGUAGUGAUGUGAAUUUCUGUCCUACGAAUACCACUUGCAAGAACAUGGAACAGCAGGCCGAAUGCCGAUGUGACCCCGGCUUCACAGACAUUAGAAAAAGUGAACACCGUAACGCCAUUGGACUAGGCGACGACACUCUAUGUAUGCAUGUGAGGGACGUGAACGAAUGUGCUCUCGGACUCACCAACUGCUCAGGAGUGGCAGAGUGCAUUGACCGACCAAUCGGCUACACCUGCAGAUGCCCUGAAGGCUACAUCGAUGGCAGUCCAGACGAGCCGGGUCGAGUGUGUGGAGCGCUGCUCUGCGAUUUGUGCAAUUCUCACGGAGACUGUGUUCACAACGCUCAAACAAACAACAUCACUUGUGUCUGCAGUGAAGGCUGGAGCGGCGAGUUCUGCCAGGUUGCCCCAUCAAAUGCGUCGCUUGUGUUGCUGAUCCUGCUUGCCUUACUCUUCCUCCUGCUCACCCUUUGUUGUCUGCUCUACUUCUGCACGAAAUGUCAUUGCUUCAAAGCAAGGGGUAUAGCCGGUGGAGCGCCAUUUGUCUAUCGGUAG